GGGCGGAGAGUCAGCACUAAGGACAGCGACACCCCCAGCCGCAACAGCCGCCGCUUUUUAUUCUCCAGCGCUCUCUCCCGACGCACCUCCCGAAGGGACGCGCCAUGGCCGCGGAGACUUACCUGCAAGAAGUGGCGAUCUCAGCAAGCCAGUUUUUCGAGAUCUGGCGUCAUUACGACUCCGAUGGCAAUGGGUACAUGGAUGGAAAGGAGCUGCAGGAUUUUAUCCAGGAGUUGCAGCAGGCACGAAAAAAAGCAGGCUUGGACCUAACCCCAGAAAUGAAAACAUUUGUGGACCAGUUUUCGCAGAGUUCUGAUGGAAAAAUAGGAAUAGUAGAGCUUGCUCAGAUUUUACCAACAGAAGAGAACUUCCUCUUAUUCUUCAGGUGCCAGCAGCUGAAAUCAAGUGAAGACUUUAUGCAGACAUGGCGAAAGUAUGAUAGUGACCAUAGUGGCUUUAUUGAUGCUGAAGAGCUUAAGAAUUUUUUGAAAGACUUAUUACAGAAAGCAAACAAGCAGAUUGACGAUUCAAAGCUGUCAGAAUACACAGACAUCAUGCUCAAGAUGUUCGAUGAAAACCAUGAUGGAAAACUGGAACUGACUGAAAUGGCCAGGUUACUCCCAGUAAAGGAAAACUUUCUCCUUAAAUUUCAGGGUGUCAAAAUGUGUGGGAAAGAGUUUAAUAAAGUCUUUGAUACAUUUGAUUCAGAUGGGAAUGGCUACAUAGAUGAAAAUGAAUUAGAUGCUUUGCUGAAAGAUCUCUGUGAAAAGAACAAAACGGAACUAGAUAUUAACAACCUUGCAACAUACAAGAAAAACAUCAUGGCCUUGUCUGAAGGAGGAAAGCUUUACCGAACAGAACUUGCUCGUAUUCUCUCUGCUGGGGAGAAUUAGAGCCCUCUGAACACUUCCACUUAACUAGCGAUAUAUAUCUUUAAAAAAAUACACUCCAACAAUAAUUGUGCACUAUAAGGGAGUAGGCUUUAUUUUCUUUUAUAUCUUGUAUAUUUCACACUGCAUAUAGAUUAUUAGCCAGGAUAUGUGGCAUAUUCUUUUCAGCUUGUUUCUAUACUGUUUGUAAUGUACAGUUUUUGUAACUAUAAGAUUGAUAAAAAGGAUGUCUGUUUGGGCCAGUCUGUUGAUUCAUUUAAAAACAAAAAACUCCCCAGAAAGGUCACAUUUCCAUGGAAAAAGGUGGAAGAGUCCGAGUCUGGUUUUGGCCUGCUAUUUCCUUUGACAUUUACUGCUGCAGCUGCAGCUGCAGCAGUAAUGAUCUCCAUUAAUGAAAUGGUUCUUCUUGAUAACACUGGAGAGAAACACAGGAUUCAGGAUCAAUGACAUUUCUCUCAGUGUAAGAGAAUUUGGGACAAGGGUUGCUGGCCUGUGGCAGUCCUUUGUGGCACCUAUGAACAAGACCUGACAGGAUUAUGAACUUUUGGCUAUGGCCUGCACGAUGGGUGGUAAAUCUGCGGUUCUCUAGAUGAUGUUGGACUACAAUUCCCAUCAGCCCCAGCCACCAUCUGGAGGGCUUCAGGUUCCCCACCCAUGGCCUACACUCUUGCCUGCUUCUCCAGAGCUGUUAUGCUGCCUCAGUCAGUAGACUACAGGUAAAAUCACUCUAAGAAAUGGAAGGGCUACACAUAUAUUAUAAGCUGUACUGGAGUGGCACUCAUUCACACUGUAGAUUUGACUUGUGGCACACUUGCCAAAGAGCCUGGCCCUGACUUAGAGGUUAUUGAACGCUAUUAAGAAAUUAUCAAUAAAGCAAGUCUGUUGCUUGCAAACUACUCUAGGUACAGUGUUGCAAUUCAAGGGGAGAGGUUUGGGGUUCAUGGCAAACAAGCAUUGAUAGCAGGGAACUUAGCAGUGCUGUAGGUGACUUUCAUAGUGUUAAUUACCACCGAGUUAUAAAUUUCACAGCUUUCCGUUUUCCCUGAAUUCAAUACCAAGGUCACAGGUACGUCAGGACACUGAGGAACCGAACUUCUUGAGAAACCUUUAACUACCUUGGUAGCCCAGCAGGCAUAACAGUGUCUUACUGUACAAACCGCAAGUUGGUAAACAAAGCAUACAGUCAAUGAAAGGCAGGUAGAAGAAUAAACACACAAGCCAGCCUCUUACUAUACUUUAUAACUGUAACAUUAAUGAAUGCUGCUGUGUCAGAGAAUAUGACAAUCCAUUUUCUAAAACUAUUUCCACACGUUGCAGAAUAGUAUAAUUCUAGCAAACUGCUGUUUUUACAUCAUUCUGUGUAAUCUAUAAUUAAAUUUCAUAUGCUAAGACUGCUGGUGUCUAGUUUGUCUACUUCCUAUAUUCUGUUACUCAGCAGAUAAGAAAUAAGUUAUCUUUAUACAGAUGGAUCCACAAUGCAGUUAAACUUGCAUUUUGCCCAGAUUAAUUUUGGUAACCACAAUCCAGCAAAAGCUCGUGUUUCCAUAAGAGAUAAAAUUUCAGCAAUGCAUGCCACCAUUCCAUUGAAACUAAUGGGGCAUAUUAGUCAUGAUAACCCUAUGUACCCUUACUUGGGAGUAAGCCCCAAUCAACACAGCUAGUUCUGAGUAAACAUGUUUAUGGUCAGGUUAUAUGUACAUCCCAUUCAAUUAUUUGCAACAGAAUUUAGUCACCAUUAAUUUUUGCUGGAUUGACUGCUAAGGGAGCUACAGUGACUGGUAUUCAAGUAUAUCAGCCUAAAUGUUUUGAUAAAGUUUCUCCUGUAAGAUUUCUGGGUCAAAUGAACAAUUCUAAUAAUUUAAAAUUAUGUUACCUCUAGAAUUCUCAAGUCUGCGUUGCAUUGUUAUUUGAUUUAAAAAGUGAACCUAAUUUUACAAAGUAGGGGGUUCUUUUAGAGGGGGGUCAUACAGUUUCUUUUUUACUACAUCCCCAUUAAAUUUGUGUAAUUUCUCCAGAGAUGUGGACAUGUUUCCAGUUCACGCUACUGUGAAAGGGGAACCAAGUUGUGCAUAUUUGUAUUGAUUAAAUGGGAUUGUCUCUGCUUACAGUAUGCUUCUUACGAACCAGGCUACAUUUAUUCCUUUAAAAAUGCUUACAAAGACAGUCAUUUUAUAUAAAUAAGGGUGCUGAUUUUUCCUACCACUUGAAAGCUAAAAUGCAUUUCACAAAGAUACAAAAUGGCCUCCAACAAGCAAGUGCCUUGUUUCAUUUCUGAAAAUAUGUACUAAAUUAGGAGUGUCUCUGGGUGAAAAAAAGGCUUAUUACAUUAUGAGACAAGUCAAGUCUGAUGGUUUAUUGUGACAUUUCCACUAUAAGCAGAGUGAUCUAAUUCUUCACCUUCUCAUUCACCUCUAAUUUCUCUAUGCAAUGUAAGAUA